AUGAUCCGCGUGACAAUAUUCGCGUUCGCGCUGCUAUUCAUCGGCCUGGUAGCCGCAAUUCCAACGCUGCAAGCUAGUGGUUCCAACGGUGGCCGAAUUGUUGGAGGAUAUAAUGCCGUAGCGGGACAGUUUCCGUAUCAGGUGUCAUUGAGGCGACCCCCAAACUUCCACUUCUGCGGCGGUUCCAUCAUUGGACCACGGUGGGUUUUAUCGGCGGCACACUGCACGAUCUCGAUGGUACCGGCCGACCUGAACGUGUACGUCGGCAGCGUGAUGCUCGCGUCCGGCGGUGUCUAUCACCAAACGAUGCGCAUCGUCAACCAUCCGCUCUACGAUCCGGAUACCAUUGAGAACGACAUCAGCCUGAUACAGACGGUGCAACCGAUCGUGUUCAAUGAGGAUACGCAACCAAUCGGUUUACCGACGACGAAUUUGGUGGCCAGCACAGGUGCUACCAUCUCUGGUUGGGGCCGAUCGAAUACGAUGGACAACGGAACAGCUGAAGUGUUGGACAAUCUGCAGUACCUCACAGUGGACAUUCUGACGAUGGAAGAAUGCCGUGCCGAACGUCCAGGUUCUAACAACAUCUUUGACAGUGUCAUGUGCGUCUCUAGUCCUGACGGCCAGGGUGCAUGCUCCGGUGAUUCGGGCGGACCGUUGACGUAUGACGGAGUGGUGCAAGGCAUUGCUUCGUUUGUUCGCGUGCCCUGCGCUACUGAAGUGUCGGACGUUUACGAACGUGUCUAUUCGCAUUUAUCGUGGAUCGCAUCGGUCAUAAUGUGA